AUGUCAGAGGAUAAUUCACAAGUGAAAAUCAAGUUCUUCACCCGUGAACAGGAUGAGUCCCUUCACGUUCAAGAUACUCCAAUGUACGUACCAAUUCAAUUAAAAAGAUAUGGUUUAUCUGAAAUUGUGAACCAUCUCUUGAAUCCAGAUAAUGACACCAAUAAAAAGGCCAUCCCUUUUGAUUUCUUAAUAGAUGGACAGAUGUUACGUAGCUCUUUAGAUGAUUAUUUAGUCAAAAAUGGUUUAUCUAGUGAAGUAUCGUUGAACAUCGAAUAUACUCGCGCUAUUUUACCACCAUCUUAUUUGACUAGUUUCCAAAAUGACGACUGGAUUAGUUCUAUUGAUGUGUCUGGAAAUUCCUUGAACCAAAUCAUCACCGGUUCUUACGACGGUGUAGUUAAGACAUGGAAUCAAUCUGGUAAAGUUGAAAAACAAUACAGUGGUCAUUCUGGCGCAAUUAGAGCAGUUAAAUUUAUCUCCAAUACUAGAAUAGUUUCCAGUGGUAACGAUCGUACUUUGCGUUUAUGGAAAACAAAGAAUCCCGGAGCUAGCAAUGAAGCAAAUGGUGAAGAAGAUAACAUUGAAGAUGGUAAGACCUUAGCCAUUCUAGAAGGUCACAAAGCACCUGUUGUAUCUUUAGAUGUUUCCGUUAAAGAUUCCAGAAUCUUAUCAGCAUCAUAUGAUAACACCAUUGGUCUGUGGUCAACUGAUUACAAAGAAAUGACUAUUGUCGAUCCAAUGGAAGAUUUAAAUAACAAUAACAAUAAGAUGUCGACAGCAGCAAAGAAGAGAAGAAAGCUUUCACUAAAAGAUGGUUCUAUAAGAAGACGUGCCCCAUUAUCUCUUCUAGAAUCUCAUUUAGCUCCAGUAGAACAAGCUAUUUUUGAUACUAAAGACAACACGGUUGGUUACUCUGUUUCUCAAGAUCAUACAAUCAAAACUUGGGACUUAGUGACAUCCAGAUGCGUAGAUACAAAGACUACAUCAUAUUCAUUAUUAUCCAUUGCACAAAUACCAACAUUGAACCUAUUGGCAUGUGGUUCUAGCGCCAGACACAUUACGUUACAUGAUCCAAGAGUUGAUUCGUCUUCUAAGAUCACCCAACAGCAAUUAAUUGGUCAUAAGAAUUUUGUCGUUUCUCUAGAUACAUGUCCUGAAAAUGACUACAUUUUAGCUUCUGGUUCUCACGAUGGUACUGUUAAAGUCUGGGAUAUAAGAUCAAACUCUCCAGUAUACACGAUUACCAGAGAGGAUUCUUCCGUUCAAAAGGGCGUAAAUGACAAGGUUUUCGCUGUUAGAUGGGCUAAAGAUAUUGGUAUCAUUAGCGGUGGUCAAGACAAAAAGGUACAAAUAAAUAAAGGUGACAACCUUUUCAAAAACUGA